AGUAAAAUGACCACACGGUCUGGUCACUGGGUCAAAAAUCAAUUACAAAACAGAGGAGCUUUUCUUGUCUUUAUUUUUGCAUUAGCCUUAGUAAAAAGCGGACUAGAAAACCACAACCAAGAAGAAAGGCAACCAUUAAAGCAGGAAAUACACUAUUGGCUUUUCCCUCGGCGGGAUGGGUCGGCUGCCUUCCAGCCCCGCGGCGGCUCCUCGCCCAGGCGCUUCUGGCCAGACCCACGCCCCCGCGGAAACCCUCGCCUGGCAGCCGCCCGGACGCCCUCCUCCAACUUCCUCCCCGGCUUUCUUCCAGCGGCCGGCGGCCCUUUCCUACCCCAGCCACAGCUCGACAGCCCCACUCCCGCGCCUCUCGCAGGCCCCAGGCUGGAUGGGGGACGAGCCCCGCUCCCGCGCUCGCCGCGCCGUUUCCGCGUCUGCGCAGCGGGCGAGGGGCUGGAGCGGGGCCGGUCGGGGAGGCGCAGGACGCGCGGGAGCCAAUGGGCAGGCUCGGGGGAGCCGGGCUGGCAGCGGCGGCCGGCCGGGCGCGCACUCUCGGGAUGGAGGGCGAGCGCCGGGCGUCUCAGGCGCGCGCUGCGGGCCUCCCAGCCGGGGGCGCCGGCGGGGAGAGCCCGGGGGAUGCCGAGCCCGUCCCGGGCAGCAGCGGCUCCUCCUCCCUGCUGCAGGCCGAGGUGCUGGAUCUGGACGAGGACGAGGACGACCUGGAGGUGUUCAGUAAGGAUGCCUCAUUAAUGGACAUGAAUUCCUUUAGCCCUAUGAUGCCAACAUCCCCUUUAUCAAUGAUAAACCAAGUCAAGUUUGAAGAUGAGCCAGAUUUGAAAGAUCUCUUCAUCACAGUUGAUGAACCUGAAAGCCAUGUUACUACAAUUGAAACUUUCAUUACUUACAGGAUUAUUACCAAGACAUCUCGUGGGGAAUUUGACUCCAGUGAAUUUGAAGUUAGGAGACGGUAUCAAGAUUUCCUUUGGUUGAAAGGGAAACUUGAAGAAGCACACCCCACACUGAUUAUCCCACCGUUGCCAGAAAAGUUCAUAGUGAAAGGAAUGGUGGAACGCUUUAAUGAUGACUUCAUUGAGACACGCAGGAAGGCGUUACAUAAAUUCUUGAACCGAAUUGCUGAUCAUCCAACUUUAACAUUUAAUGAAGACUUCAAAAUUUUUCUCACUGCACAAGCUUGGGAACUUUCUUCUCAUAAGAAGCAAGGGCCCGGAUUCCUCAGCAGGAUGGGGCAGACAGUCAGAGCUGUUGCAAUGUCGAUGAGAGGAGUUAAAAGCCGCCCAGAGGAGUUCAUGGAAAUGAACAACCUUAUUGAAACAUUUAGCCAUAAAAUUAACUUGAUAGAUAAAAUAUCUCAGAGAAUUUACAAGGAGGAAAGGGAAUAUUUUGAUGAAAUGAAAGAAUAUGGCCCAAUUCAUAUUCUGUGGUCAGCGUCAGAAGAAGAUCUGGUUGAUAUUCUAAAAGGUGUUGCCAGCUGUAUUGACAAAAGCUGUCAAGCCACUGAAAAAAGGAUGUCUGGACUCACAGAGGCCCUUCUUCCUGUCGUACAUGAGUAUGUGCUUUAUAGUGAAAUGUUAAUGGAUGUUAUGAAAAGAAGAGACCAAAUACAAGGAGAACUGGAUUCCAAAGUUGAAAUUUUGUCCUAUAAAAAGACAGAUAUUGAUCUGCUUGUAGAAGAGAUUGGAAAACUCGAAGAUAAAGUGGAAUGCGCUAAUAAUGCCCUGAAAGCAGAUUGGGAAAGAUGGAAACAAAAUAUGCAUAAUGAUAUCAGAUCAGCGUUUACAGAUAUGGCUGAGGAGAGUAUCCACUAUUAUGAACAGUGCUGCCCUUCAAAGAGAAGCUACCCUUUGUGGCCUGUGACUAAGCUGGAGCCAGCUGGGAAAAGAGGCACUGGAUUCUCAGUUAACAAGGAUUUGUGAUACACUUGCUUUCUGGUCACCAACAUCCUGCCUGGUAGCAGGUGAAGCAUGUGUAUUGGUUUGCUUUUAUUUUAGUGAGAAGCAUGGGUGCUGGAGAAGAGUGCUGGACUCUGGAUUGCAGUUUUCUUAACUUUAAGAUGCAACUACUUGAUUUCACAAAUGUAACAAAUAAAACAAUAGGUAUAGAAAAUUAUGACAUUAUUCAACUCAGUGGAAUUCCUGCUGUUGAUUCUCUGAUGAUAAGAUGAGAAUCUAAAGCUAGAAUGAGUCGAUGGAACUAUUAAAAGUCAGGCCAACACUGAUGCUGGGUAUUUUCGGUUACUCUAAUUUUGAUCUCUAUUACCUCACUUCACUAAUUGUGAUGAUUUGAAAGUAGAAAACAUGAAUUCCCUGGUAGAAAACGAUGAGGAGCCAAAUAGCAGAAAUAUCAUUUUAAGAAAUAUAAUUUACAAUUAUAAGCAAGUCCCACACUGAGAUUUGAGAUUUUGUUAUUGUUUUGAUGAUUCUUUAUAUCCUCCAAUUAUCACAGUCCCAGCCAUAAUAGAUACUGAACUAAAUUAAAUUGUUUAGCUAUGUGAUAUGAACAAUCCAUUUUCUGAGUUUUUGCUUAGUUUUUCAUACUCAAAAAAAAAAGCAAGAAAAGAGUAGAGGUUUUAGAGUGUUAGAGAUUAUCUUUUAUAUUUUUAAUUAGAUUUAUAGACAUUAAUUAGAUAAAUGUACAACACAUCAGGUAGCAGGUUAAUAUUACACAUUGGCAGGAGGGGGCAGUUAACAUGUUUAUUUAGUGAAAAAUCUGCUAUCACAAUUCCAAAAGAGGUCUGGUAGCAUUAGGAGCUACACAGUUCAGGGCCAAAUCCUUAGCUUUGUAGGCCCAGAAAACAUUAGUGGUCGGCAACCUGAGUGAAAGUCAGGCCUUUAUGGCAAAACUUAACAUUGACAAGUUCAGAGAGCAAUAGAAGCCAGAAUGUCGAUUGAUUGAUAAUUCAGAUUUAAAAAUGAAAUUUUUAUGAUGCCCAGCAAAUUUACAUCAUAGUUCAAUACAUUCCUUCUCUGUAAUCUGCAUUUACUGAGCACUUACUGCAUCUCUGGCAUGUAUUAACUCAGUUGUCUUUGAAAGAGUAUAUGUACUCCUUAAAAUACAUAAUUUUUAAGAGGUAUGUAAGGAAUCUGUUAUCACACACUCUAUUUGCGUAUAUACUGUUUCCUGAAAUUUGAUCAGCCUGAUGCUCCUGAAGACAUGCAUUUCCUUACCUACCUCGCCUUCCAAAAUUGUCCUUCUCCACUGUAAAAGAAAAAAUAUCUCAUCUUGAUGGCCCAGUGACUAAUUGAAUGUACCCUGGCAAUCAUUCAAGACAUUGGUCAUUCUUCAUUGUUGAUGAAUAAAUACUAGUAUACCACUUACCACUUCUUUAAUAUCACAGACAUACUUAACCAUUUGGACCUCACAUUUUUCAUCUGUAAAACAAGAUUCAUAACUGUCAAUGAGAGGUUUAAAGAAGCAUGAUGUGUAAUUAACAACCAUUAUAAUGCCUGACCAAGUAUUCAUAUCUAUAUAUAGCAGUUGUCAUGUUAUUUCUGUUGUUUUUCUAUGUCCAUGUCCUGUAGUCUGUAUUUCAAAAUACAUUAUUUUGGAAAAGAAAUUAAUUCACAACAUUAACCAGUAUGGAUGGCUACUGAAUAUCUUCCUUAGACAUUUAUUAAACUGGGAUAGGAUAGUUGAAACAAAAUAUGACAAUAGAAGUUUCUUCACAAGAGGAUUAAUGCAACCUUUGGUGCAUUUGGAUCACUUAUUUAACAGGAAUUCUAAAUAGAGCAGACUGCUCAGCAUUUCGUUUUGUUUUUUACCUUGAGGAUGUUCAGAAGUUUAUUUAAAUGAUAGUUUGGCAGGGUUAUCAAGAAGAUACGAUAUCUCUGGAAAGCAGUGAUUGUUUUAGGUUUCUCUGCAGGGUUACCAGGUAGUAGAUUUUGUACGGAUGCAGCAGAGCCUAGAGCGCUCUAGUACAAUGUUCUGUUCUCUAUCAGACCUUCAGUAUCAGUUAAUAGUUCUCCUUGUUUUGUGAACCUUGUGGAUAGAUUUUUAAGUCAUUUGUAUUUUGGCAUUUUUAUAUUUCCUUCUUCUUAUACUCAAACUUCGGUGAAGGAAAUUCUUGAGUUUCUAUAAAGCUGAAUUUUAAUUUUUUUCUUGGCAUUGAAAAUAAAAUACUAGUAACAGCUAAUAUUUAACGCAUGCCUGCAUAUGAUGUUAACUGUAGGUUUUUUGUAGCUAUGCUCCCUUAGGCUGUGGAAGUUCUUCUAAUUUCCUGAAACUUUUCUUGUAAAUCAGAAAUAGAAUGGACACUGUAAUUUCAAAGUGCCUUUUUUGUUGAGAUGAUAUUGCAUUUAAUGCAGUCAAUUGGUUGAUAUUUAAAUGGUAAUCAAUCUUAUAUUCCUAGGAUAAACCCCAUAAGGAUAAUUUGUUCUACAGGUUGCUGGAUUUGCCAAAAUUUUGUUUAGAAUGUUUGUGUCUAUAUUUAUGAGGGAUAUUGGUCUGUAGUUUUCUUCUCUUGUAAUGUCUUUGGUUUUGGUAAAUUUAAAACCAUUCAUAUGGCUUCAAUUUUCUGGAAGAGUUUGUGUAGGAUUAAUAUGAUUUCUUCCUUAAAUGUUUGAUAGAAUUUGCCAAUGAUGACACUUGGGUCUGGAGUUUUCUAUCUGGGAAGAUAUUUAACAACAAAUUAAGAUUUGUUUGGGUUAUCUGUUUCUUCUGGAGUGAGUUUUGGUAGUUUGUGUCUUUUUUAAAGAAUUGGUUCAUUUCAUUUAAGUCAUCAAGUGAAUAGUUAUAAAGUUUUUCAUAAUAUUUCCUUCAGUAGAAUCCAAAGUGAUGUCAACUUUCUCAUUCCUAACACUUUGUCAUUUGUGUCAUCUCUCCUUUUAUGAUCAUCAUGGCAAAAGUUUAUCAAUUUCAUUAGUCUUCUCAGAGAUCCAGUAUUGGUUUCAUUGAUUUUUCUCUGUUGUUUUUCUGUUUUCCCUUUCAUCAAUUCCCACUCUGAUCUCUUCUGUUUUUUUUUUAAUUUGGUUCACUUUGUUUUUAUUUGUUCUUCUUUAGAUUUUAAGAUGAAAACUGAAGUCAUUUAUUUAAUACCUUUCAUCUUUUCCAAUGUAGCCAUUUAGUACUAUUAAGUUUCUCUAUAUGUACUGCUUUGGUAGCAUAUCAAAAUGUUUAUAUGUUGUGUUUUCAUUUUCAUUCAAUUCAAAAUACUUUCUAAAUUUCCUUCUAAUUUCUUUUUUGACAUGGAGUAAUGUAAGCAUCCUGUUUAGAUAUUAAAUAUUUGAUGAAUUUGCAGGUGUCUUUUAUUAUUUUUUUAUUGAGGGACAUACAUACAUAAACUGCACAAAUCUGAGUGUACAAAUGAUGAAUUUUGACAUGUGUGUACACUCAUGUAAUCAUCACCCAAUUCAAAAUAUCAGACAUUCUUACAUUUUUUCCUCUUCACCUAUUUCACCUAUCCCCUACCCCCUCCCCUAUGGCAACCACCAGUCUGUUCCUUGUGUUUAUGAGUCUAUUUCUAUUUUGUUUGU